AUACGUUUUCUUUCCUCUUUUAUGUUGUUCUUCUUAUAAAGAACGUCAGUCAAAAACUUAGCUUAAAUGAACAAUUUGUGCAGAUAAAAAGUAAUAAUAUUACAAAGUUAAAAAUGUUGGUGAGGAAUUCACAAAUACCACUAGUAGCAGCUUUGAAAAAUAGUGGACUUCACAAUAAAUGUAAUUAUUUAUUACAUAAAUGUGGACUUGUUACUUCGUUCAAAAGACUAAAAACCAAUGGUCCUUCUGUCACCCCAUAUCCUCCUUUAUCACAACCAAUUGAAGGAUUACCAACUCCAAUAUACUCGAGUGCCAAGGAAGAAAAUCAAUUAACAGAAAUUACAGUCUUAUCAAAUGGUUUAAGAGUUGCAUCUGAAAAUCGAUUUGGACAAUUUUUUACUAUUGGAGUUUUAAUUGAUUCCGGAUCUCGAUAUGAAGUUGCUUAUCCGAGUGGUAUUUCACACUUUCUUGAAAAAUUAGCUUUUGGUUCAACAAAAUCAUACGAUAAUAAGGAUGAUAUAAUGCUUACAUUGGAAAAGCAUGGAGGUAUUUGCGAUUGUCAAGCUUCGAGAGAUACUUUUGUGUACGCUGCAUCUGCCGAACGUCACGGAUUAGAUAAAGUAACCGAAGUCUUAGGAGAUAUUGUUUUAAGGCCUAAGUUAACGGAGGAGGAGAUUAACACAGCUAGGCAAGUUAUUCAAUUUGAAUUUGAAACACUUUUAACAAGACCAGAGCAGGAAACUUUAUUAUUGGACAUGAUUCAUGCCGCAGCUUAUAGAGACAACACACUGGGAUUGCCAAAAGUUUGCCCAGAAGGAAAUAUUAAUAAAAUAGAUAGAAAAAUUCUUUUCACUUACUUGAAGCAUCAUUACGUACCAAAACGAAUGGUAAUAGCUGGCGUUGGUGUGGAACAUAAAAGAUUGGUCGAAGCAGUUGAGAAAUAUUUUGUAGACAAAAAAGCAAUAUGGGAUGACGAUCCAACUUUUGUAUCGGAUAGAACAAAUAAUUUUGUGGAUGAAUCGGUUGCACAAUACACUGGAGGCUACAUUUUGGAAGAAUGUAAUGUUCCGGUGUAUGCGGGUCCUAGCGGAUUACCAGAAUUGUCUCACUUUGUAAUAGGCUUGGAGGGCUGCUCGCAUCAAGAUCCUGAUUUUGUUACAAUGUGUGUUUUAAAUAUGAUGAUGGGUGGAGGUGGUAGCUUUAGUGCAGGUGGGCCUGGGAAAGGCAUGUACUCACGGUUAUACAUAAAUGUUUUAAACAGAUAUCAUUGGUUGUACAGUGCAACAGCGUACAACCACGCCUACAUAGAUACCGGCCUUUUCUGUAUUCAUGCAUCUGCCACUCCGUCUCAUGUUCGAGAAAUGGCUGAGGUUAUUAUUCAUGAAAUGGUUGCAAUGUCAGGGAAAUUAUCGAGCGAUGAAUUAGCGAGAGCAAAAAAACAAUUGCAAUCGAUGCUGUUGAUGAACUUAGAGCAGAGACCAGUGGUAUUUGAAGACAUUGGUAGGCAAGUCUUAGCGACUGGCAGUAGAAAACGUCCAGAGUAUUAUAUACAAGCAAUCGAAAAUACUACUAUCGACGAUGUAGUCAGAGUUGCGCGGCGCUUACUCAAGUCACCGCCGAGCGUAGCAGCCCGAGGCGAAGUCAGGCACGUCCCGUCAAUUACAGACAUUCAAGCCGGUCUAUUGGAUGCACAAGGUCACGUGCCAGGUUCCCGGAGCAAGCUAUCGCUUUUUCGUUAAUAAUAAUUUCGUCAGUAGAUCAAAGCUUUCAAACUAUGUUUCACGAACAUUUCGUUAUUUAAUAAGAAAAUGAAAAUAAUUAAAUAUGUAAGAGAAUGACCGAAACUUACGAUUUCAAUAGUAACAAAUAUAUUGACAACAAUUUGAAUAUUAAUAUAAAAUUAAAUUUUAUUCUUGUUAUCUUGUCUAUUUAUUAGAGAUGAAUACUUGUAUGAAUUCUGCGCGAAAGAUAUUUUGUAAUCCAUAAAAAAAUCCAUAAUAGUGCUGAGUGCUCUAGUGGACAAGGCAAAUUGAUUUAAUGCAAUAUUCUCCAAUUUCAGUUUUCAUUCUCAUUUAUCGGUUGAUGUGCAUUUGAAUUUUUUAAUUGAAGCAAGCAUGACAUCUCCUGAAGUGUAUUCUGUAACAAUUUAAUACAUUUUAUAUGAUUAAAGAGAA